AUGUUUGACAUUAUUGAUUCAGAAAAGUGUUUAUCAAAAGGAAUUUUACCUUAUGAAUUAAGGAAAGGAGAAUUUGAUGUCUUUCAACCUUAUUUUCGAGCAAAAAGAAAAUUAUCCAUUGACGAGAAAGAAGAGAGUCUAACAACGAAUAAAAAACGUAGAAAGAAGAAUAAGAAUAAACAUGAAGAGUAUGUGUCAAGUAAUGUAACUGAUGUUGAAACAAAGAAAAGACAUGAGACACUAAGAUCCCAAUUAAUGGCUUGCCUUGAACAAUUACCUCUCCAUUGGCCAGCUCACUGGAAAAAUAGGAUAGACACUUCUACAUCGCUUUAUAAUACAUUAGAAACAGAAACUAUUGAUUUUCCAAGUAUUCAGCAAAUGGUAGAGGCUGCACAACAGAAAUUUACUGACAAAGAUGAAGAUCAAACAAAAAUGAAAGAAUUUGAAUUUACCUCCAACGUUACAAAAGAAUUGGAUAUCUUUUCUAUUUUUAAUAUUAUUUGUAUAAACAGAUCAACUAAUGUAAAGCUUCUAGAAAUGACACCCACUUCUUCUUAUUUGAUACCGCCUAAUUCUUCAUUUCUAAUGGGUUCAAUGAACAAUAGUUUGCAUCAAUUGACAGCCUACAUUGAUAAACUGGGUGGUGCAGAUAUAAUUGUUAUGGAUCCUCCUUGGCCAAAUAAAAGCGUUCAAAGAUCUUCAACUUACGCAACCCAGGAUAUUUAUGACUUAUUUUCUAUACCAAUUCCCAAAAUGAUGUUAUCAAAGGAUUGCAUUGUAGCCGUUUGGGUUACAAACAAACCUAAAUUUAGGAAUUUUAUUAUCCAUAAAUUAUUUCCUGCAUGGCAGUUGGAAUGUAUAAGUGAAUGGAUUUGGUUAAAGACAACAACACAAGAUUCAACUCAUAAAAAACCAUACGAACAAUUAAUUAUUGGAAGACCUAUUCAAUAUAAAGAUUCGCAACAACGCAUUUCAAUUCCAAAAACACAUACUAUCGUUAGUAUUCCUAGUGUUAGACAUUCAAGGAAGCCUCCAUUACAAGGUAAAAAUGAAGAUAAAGUGAAUCCUGUAUGUGUCGAGCUUUUUGCUCGUUGUCUUUAUCCUGGUUGGAUCAAUUGGGGCAAUGAAUGUUUAAAAUUUCAGCAUUUGAAUUAUUUCGUAAAUACAGAAAAGGGGACAAAAUAG